UCAACGAUGGCAAGAUUUUCAGUCACUCACCGAGGUAAACUACUACUUCCGCUGCCGGGAAUCUACAACAACAGACAUAAAGGAUGACUAAUACACACACCGAGUGACACUAUUUUUAUCAUGUAAGCGUAUGGCUGUCUCCGACUCGAACAAGUUUCUUUCUAGCACUAAUCGGGAAUGGAUUAGGGUAACACCGUCCUCAACACUUUUAGAUUCUUUGAAGCAGGACCUACUUUGCGGAUGUAUUGAGAACUUGAGGAUCAAGUGUGGCGAUCAGCAUGGGAUCCACAACUACGGAAGCGAUGUUGUCUGCUGCAAUGAGCGGUGACACACAAACAGUCACAAGAUGCAUCGACGAGGGUGUGAAUGUUAAUGCUAAGGAUAUUCCAUUACUGUUUGCUAGAACACCAUUGCACUAUGCCGCUGGUAGUGGCUAUGACGUCAUUUGUGAUCUACUUCUUCAGGCUGGUGCAGACGUCAAUGCUGUGGACAAGAAUGGAAGAAGUCCGUUACACUACGCCACCAAGAGCGGUCAUAUCUACAUCUGCAAGGCACUGAUACGGACACCGCGUACAUCACUAGAACUGAAUGAUCAGUUUGGUGACACGCCAUUGCUGACGGCUGCUUCGUGGGGCAACACGCUCAUAUGUGAAGCACUCAUAGGUGUCGGUGCAAAUGUCUCAUCAAAAAACAAGCGUGGUCGCACCGCCCUGCAUGAAGCAUCAGAAGCGGGUCACGUGGACACAUGUAAGGCUCUCAUUUCCGCCGGUGCGAGCCCCUUCGAUAUCGAUCAGGGAUGCAAUACACCGCUUCAUCUUGCGGCAGGUAGUGGUGGCAGCAGGUUAUGUACCAUGUUCAUGGAUAAAGGGGCCGAUAUGUCUGCUAGAAACAAGGAUGGAAAUACACCCCUUCACACAGCCUGUAUGAAGGGACAUGUUCAAAUCUGCCAAAUUCUGCUAGACGGCGGUGCAGAUGUCACAGCACGAAAUCAGGCUGGCGAUACAGUGCUUCACAUAACGGCUGCGUAUGGUAGACUUGAAUGCUGUCGAGUGAUUCUACGGAACACUGGAGAUAUUUGCGCAAAGAACAAGAUUGGCAACACACCGUUACAUGUAGCAGCAAGCACUGCAAAUGCAGACAUCUGUAAUUUGUUCAUCGCAGAAAAUGCAGAUGCUCUGCUCAGGAACAAUGAUGGAAAAACACCCAAAGGACUCCUGCCUCGCACAUCUGGUAAUGCUGGUAAGAUCAUCACACAGACAGAAAAGAAGCAAAGGUUUGACAAGUUGGUUCAGAUGGGUACUGAGCCGGUGAAUAUUGUUAAGCUGUUCCUUGUCGGAGAUCCCAAAGCAGGCAAGACAACAUUACAAAAAGCUCUUAUCAAGAGGCGGCAAUGGUGGCUACCAGGCGAUUGGCAAACUUUGGCUACUGACUAUUGUGACUAUCAUGCCACACCAGGCAUUGAGCUGUGCAAGCAGUAUGUACCAGGGGCUGGAAACUUUGCAUUCUGGGAUUGUGCAGGACAACUCGAGUAUCACGUGACACAUGCCAUGUUUCUUGGAGCCCAAAACUGUAUUUAUCUGCUUGUGUAUGACGUCACCAAAUCAAAUCAUCUCGAAGGAUUGCGCAGAUGGUUGGCAUUUGUGAAAGCAGGACAUGACUAUGCCUACCAGACGAAGCCUGACGUAGUUAUUGUGGCUACACACCUCGACCAAAUGACCAGCAAAACGGAUGGUAAGACACUGGCCGCUUCCAUUUUGCAACAUGUCAGGGCUGACUUCAACAACCACCUGGAUAUUUUGAAUGACGUCAUUGCCAUAAAUAGCAUCAAGUUCGCUUCCAAAGCUAUGGCCCGAUUACGACACACCCUGGAAUGUCUUGCAUCAAGGAUAAAGGGUAGCAGGAUGAUGCCGCGUCUGUGUGAAGAAAUUAGGAGAUUGAAGCAUACCUGGUAUCAAGCCAAGUAUCCAGUCAUCUCCUGGAAUGAAUUCUGCUCCAAGGUCAAAGCUAUCAACAGACUUGCCGAUGAUAGUUUGAUUAGGACGGCUGCUGUCUUCCUGGCUGAUAUGAGCGAGAUAUACUUCAAGAAGCAAUGUGGUGAUAUGGACUGGGUUGUAUUGGAGCCAAGAUGGCUGAGUCGUGUCAUCAUUGGCAGGGUGUUCGCAGGAGAGGAUUUCCCAAGUCCCACCAAUCGUCUUGAAAACAAGCAGAUAUACUCCGUUUCAGACAUCAGACAGUUACUGAGGAAUGUAGCUGAUGUAUACAAUGUCUUGGACCUACUUCAGCAUUUAGAGCUAGUUUAUCAAUAUGACGACACCCAUUAUAUCAUACCAGCCAGGCUGCCUACCAAUUUGAACCCAGUGGUUUGGAGUAAAGACACUCGCUUCACUGAGUACUAUGGGCGCAGAGUACAGUGUAAAGACAUUACUGAUAUCUUCUCUCCGGAUGUUUUUCCAUGUCUACAAGUGCGCAUUAUGCGGUGGUUUUGUGAUGGACAUGGAAGGGUAGCUAUCUCCAGGCAAUCACUCAAGUUUUCAGGAAAGAUUGAAGGCAUGGUUCAACUUACAAGUGACCAGAAGGCUAUUCACAUAUGUGUACGGGGACGAUCAAGUAGGGAAGAUAGGGGUGCAUGCUACUCUCAACUGGAACACGUCUUGGGGAUGGUUCUGAGUGAGUUAGUACAAAGGUCACCAGGUACGGCCACAGACAUCUGCUAUCUGAGUCCCAGAUCAUUGAUGCAACAUGAAGACGUGGGAGACAUAUCAUACUACACAGAGACGGACAUAGAACUUAGUGCCAAGGAAGGAGUAGUGGUGCACCCUCAGACUAGCAACACAGAGCUGACAACUGAUAUACUCUGCGCUGGGUAUGAUAGCAGGUUCCUGCAACGCAAUGGAUUAGAAUGCAAAUGCACUUGGCUAUUAGAAGAAGAUGUGCGAGCAUUAUGCAGAUGCCUGGAUGUUAUCCACCCACUGGGGCAAGACUACAGGUCACUGGCCGAGGCACUGGGUGUGUCGGAGGAUGAGCUGGAUUACAUCUAUCAGAUCUGUCUACAUAGAGAUUCUUCACCAACCAGGGCACUACUUGACCGUAGUCAGCCUACUGUGGGGCGGCUGAGGGCCAUUUGUAAGCAUCCUGGUCUGGUCGGUAACAUCGACGCAGUACACGUCAUCGACGCACUGCUUGACAGAUUUGGACACCGGGUUAAUGAUGAAGAGUCCAAGAUUAAGGCUGAGGAGAGUUUUAAACCUGACAACAUCAGUGUUGAAGUGUUAGUAUGGAGGGAAGACUUAAGACAACAAGCCAGCAAUCUGCGCCUGGUGUUAGACCCAGUGUCUUUGUUAGCAAGAUUCACUCAUCUCUUUGGUGUCAGUGACCAAGAGGAGAUAGAAGCGACACAACGGACACUGGGAAGGACCAAAGCAGUAGACAACAUGCUGUAUAAAGUCAUCAAGUCACAGCGUGUGGAGCUAUAUCAUGAAUUCUAUGGAGCACUGGAGAUGCAUCACAACACGGGCAAGGUUGUUGAUGCUUCCACAGAGGUCAUCCCUGAUUCUGAGGGGUCUUACAAAGACUACAUCAUUGCCCCAGCAAAACCAUCUCAGGUACAGCUAGAUCCACACAAUAAUUACUGUAUGUGGAAGGGCAGUAAGGGAUUGGCCUAUGUAUUGAAUAACAACGACUUCCAUGGUAAAGGCAGACAAGGUUCUGGAGUGGACCUGGGUAAUAUGUGUCAUGUCCUUCAAGAACUGGGAUAUGUACUGCAGGUACACACCAACCUGACAGCAAAGGAUACAUCAGAGAGCCUAGCCAAGUUUGUCCGUCGGUUUGAUGACGCUGAGUAUUGCUCAGCUGUAGUGGUUCUCAUGAGUCACGGUAACACUGGAGUCAUUACAGGAGUAGAUGAGAAAUGCAUUCAACUCAGAGAUAUUUAUUCCAUGUUUGAGGGUCAUCGAUGCCCCGCUCUGCUUGGCAAACCGAAGCUCUUUUUCAUCCAAGCCUGCAGAGGAGUUACCAGGACACAGCUUGUUGAAGCUGACAGUGAUGUCACUCAGUUAGAACCUGAAGACCAUUCCGAUGAAGAAGAUCCUAGCAUAGAGAUGCAAGCUGAUUAUUCCUUUGCUCGAGAUCUACCAGCCAAUGCCGACAUGUUCUUCGCUUAUGCAACUACCGAAGGUAACCUCUCACUGCGAAGUCAAGUUGCUGGUUCUUGGUUUAUACAAGCACUAUGUGAGGUAUUCAUCAAGUGGGCAUCACAUGAUAGUCUGGAUGUACUCAUGAAUAAGGUGACAAACAGAGUGACAGGUCAACGUGGUGAGAUACGCGACCCUUUGACACGGACACUAAAAAGUGCCUCACAAACACCAGAAUGCAUCAAAUGCAUGCGGAAAAAUAUGUACUUCCUGCCCAAGUAUCCCAGCAGUGCCCUAGCAGGUGCUACCUGGAUGUAGUGAUGAUAGAUGAAUACGGUCUUCAGAUGAGGAGCAAGUGUGGUCACGAACAUCUGCAUGCCUUUUAAGAGUUUGACUUUAGAAGAUGCAUGCUCAAAUAUUUUGGACAUACAUGUAGUCACUUGUACAAAUUUACCUAGCAUCAUUUUUGCGUUACCCAUCAGAGGUGUCAUUGUUAUGUGAUGAGAUAAAGUUGCAGGUUAUGCAAAGCAAAUUACCCAUUGUACAAUUUAACAAGUGCAAUGGGGUGCAUUGCUUAUGAGCAGGCUAAUUUCUCAGUCUCUCAGUAGGCCAAAAGAAUAUGUAGAGUGGAAGUUGCACGAUGCUGAGUCCUUUCCAAAGAAGUUGAUCAAUUUAUACUGCUGCCUUUUCUAUACACUCUGCAUAACUUCAAUGGUCAAAAUAGAUGGGAAAAUAAUCAAUCCAUUUUUUUUUUCAAUGUUGAAUGUUCAACGUAGUAGUUACUUUUUAAAAUGCACUUGACUGAAUAAAUUGGAGCAAUGAAUCUUUUUAUUUGUUCUACUGUUACAAUGAAUAAGUUGCCAUAUUUACACAACGAUACGAUGGGGAAGAGCCUUAUCCCUCCUGGAUCCUUCAAACCCCACUCAGACAUUUGAGAUUUUGCAGGAUUGAGGAUAACAGUAUUAAUCGACAUGUAUGACUGGAGGCUUUGCAUUGUAGAAUACAAGAUGAGGCCAUCAAAUCUGAGUUGUGAGAAUGUUAUUCAACAUUUUGGUCAGAAUUCUCUCUCCGUCUUCAUGAGUUAAUCUUUGCAUGCAAAUAAUGCAUCACUUACAUUUACACUUAGUUUGAUGGGCAAUUAUCAGGCUGAAGCCUUCACGACCCCAUAUCCUUUUUCCUUCCAAAACUUAUCCAGCUGUGUCUUGAACUGGUUUAUGGUCUUAGCUUCUAUGACGCUUGCUGGGAGACUAUUCCACUCUGUGAUCACUCUGACUGAGAAGAAAUAUAUUCUACAGUUCAGACCCGUUUUCAGAGCUGGCUUAUACAGCUUGUAACUGUGUCAUCAUGGGCUUGUCAUUCCGGUCAUUCAUGUGUAUGCAUAGUAUCUGGAGGGCUUGGGCAUUUCCUUACAAGACUGCCCAGCCACAGCGAGUUCAAUUUCAUCUGCACAAUUCAUAGGAAAAGAUUAAUGUCCACAAUUUUCCCAAACUGGCUUUUACCUAAUUUCCACAAUUCCGCUAUAAACAUGAAACACAAUCCAGCUGACCAUAUUUCAAUCACAUGUACAUAGUAUGCUUUAUUUCUUACAAGUUACAUUUUAAAAAUUGUUUACAAAACAUUCUUUUUACAAAGCUUAUACAUGAAGUAAUUGUGGCCAGCAUUUUCUGCAACUGAGUCUGCUAUUGUACAUUAUUAAGCCUAUCAGUAAAAUACAGCAGUAUAUAUCAUGAAAAAAUAAAAAUACAUUUUCAAACCAAUAUAACAGAUACAUGAUUUUCAAAUAAUCAUUACAAGAACAAAACAGUUAUGUGUUCAAAGUGCACAUGAAACUUGGCUGAUGAAAGGAUGCCUAAGAUUAGUCACAAUGGAACUUGUUAUAGCAACUGCGUGGCAGUUUAUGACUGCUGGUAUGUCUGGGUUUAUUCUCCUAAACAUUGGAUUUUGUAAUUGAUUAAUGUACAGCACUAUGCCACUAUACAUUGACAUCGCACUACAACAGGCUGAUAAUUCAACCAUUCCAAAACACAGUGGUCAAGGUUUACAUUUAAUGCAUGUGUACUUCUAUUUCCUCCUAACAUUUGUAGAUUGUUGUUUUAGGUUUUUUAAACUAAAUUGUAUUAAGUUUUACGAUGCUUAACUAGCUAUCAAAAUGAGCAUUUAAACUAACCAAUGUCAGAAUAUUGUCAUCCCUUCAACAUCAUCUGUUUUGGGAGCUUGUAAGUUCGUAUCUUAGUCCAAACACGCUUGAUUCCACCUUUUCUUGUUUUAUUACAGAAUGAGAUUUACAACUUCUAAAAAAGCCAGGUAUUUUGGUCCAAAUAAAUUAGGCAUAAUUUUGUUAUGAAG